AUGCUAGGGCUAGGAUUCCUACUAUCAUUCUUCUUCGUCUUCACAACAUGCCUUGCCUACCCCGGUAGUCUGGCGAGGAGGGCCAUAGUCACCCCUCCCAGUGUAGACCCCUUCUACGUACCCCCGCCAGGAUACGAGAACGAGGACCCAGGUACUAUCCUGCGAUACAGAAACGUACCAAACCCGAUAGCCCUAAUCGAUCCCAUAAAGAUCAAACUGGCGGCUGCAUACCAAAUCUUGUACCGAUCCACCGACAACUGGGACAACGCCACGGCAACAGCCACCACAGUGCUCGUCCCCGAAAAUGCCAAUACCUCGAGACUCCUAUCCUAUCAGAUUCCAGAAGACUCAUCUUCCGUUGACUGUGCACCAUCAUACAUCCUCCAAACCGGCAUAGAAGACAGCGACAUCCUUUCCAAACUAGGAAUCCAAGGCCAUACCAUUCUAUUUCGAGCGGCGCUAGAAAAGGGCUGGGUUGUGAGUCUGCCGGAUCACGAGGGUCCCAAGGCCGCCUUCUUAGCAAAUCGUCGCGCCGGCCAUGCCGUUCUGGAUGGGAUUAGAGCUGUCCUUCGCUCUUCGGACUUUACUACCGUCUCCCCAGAUGCAUCCGUCGCUCUGUGGGGUUAUUCCGGAGGAAGCCUAGCAUCCGAAUUCGCCGCUGAACUCCAGCCAACCUACGCUCCCGACCUGGACAUGAUCGGCCCGUUUGUGGGGAUAGACUUCGGGGGCUUCAACGGGAUCGCGCAUGAAUAUCCCGAUAUCGCAGCGUUAUACAAGGAUCAGCUUGUCGAGAGCAAAAAGGCGAAAUUCUACGAGGCGAACCAGAACUGUUUCGUGGCCAAUGUCAUCGAAUACCCCUUUGAGGAUAUCUUCUCCUAUUUCAAAGAUCGUAGCAUCCUGAGUUAUGCACCGAUGCAGCAGGCCUUGAAUGAUAACAACCUCGGACAGAAUCCGCCUACGAUGCCGAUCUUCGUGUACAAGGGGACUCUCGACGAGAUCAGCCCCGCCAGCUCUGCGGAAAUCGUCGUGUCGCGGUAUUGUGCGGGCGGCACGGUGGUCAACUAUAAGAAUGUUUUGACGCACGAGCAUAUACUUCUGCAAGAGGAUGGGUUUCUGGAAGCGAUUGCUUGA